AAAAUUUAGAAACCGGAACGCACUUUUCGAUUUUUGUCUUCUAAUUCACUAACUGGAACGUGUCAAUCCUACGUACCUAUUUAAAUUUUGAUUUUCUAUAGAAACCUUUGUUUGUAUUGUAUGGCGCUUUUGUCUUCGGUAGAUUUAAAUUUUCCCUAAUGUUAUGGAUUAUCAGUGACACUUUCAACACGAGUCCUUUGCACAGUUUGUGACUACUCGUAUUGUCAGUGUUGACUGCUGAGUGGUGACUGCUCUAGUAGUCUAGUUUUGCAAAUUUUCUUGUUUACAACUUUACUGUUUACAGUUGUUCAUGCCACAGUAGCUUUUUACCUUCUCAAAUUUCCUAGCACCUCGACUGAUCUGAAAUAUCUGUUUACUGGAUGAGCAUUUCCCGAUUGCAUCCUAAUAUACAGUCAUGGAUGAAUAUGAUCCAAUUGAACGUGCGAAGGAGCCAUCCAAUGCACGUAUUUACCGAAGGAAAGGUGCAGGCCCGACCAUCAUGACUGCUGUUGGUGUGCGUAGACCGCUCGCGCAGGGAGAAGAUGAUUGGGAUAAAUUAAAAAGCAACUGGAAUUCGAAGCCUGGGGACAAAGAAGAACUGGUCCUCCUCAAACAGACCUCUCUAGCGAAACCUGCUGUUCCUCGGCGAUCGCUCUCGGAAGGACAGCCGUCUACGUCGAAGACCGCGGUGAUGGAGAAAGAUGUUUUUGAUUUUGACGAUUUUGAUUCAUUAUCCAUCUCCAAGACCGCGAUGAACCUCGUUGGAAAGCCCGUUGCAGAUACCGUGAAGCAUUCUAAUCCGUAUGAUUUUGAUCAGGAAACCGAUCUGCCGCGCUCGUCACAGUCUUCGUCAGGGAGCUCCUCAUAUCCCAGCUCUCAGGAAUCCAAUAAAUCCACGGGCUCGUUAAAACGAGUAUCGCCCAAUUCUCUGGACGAUGAAGUGGUAUUUAGAAAGCCUCUGCAACCGGCAGGCAAGAGUAAAACAGCACCGGUUCCCGUUACGAAAGGCGAUUCCUUUCCUCCCAGCCGCAAGCGGCCUGCUCCGAAAGGCGGAGUGGAGGCACGGCCGAAAAAAAUAUCUCCAGACAAAAUUCCCAACCAAUCUCAAGAUCCCGUUCCAUCGUCGUCGCGAGGUCCAACGUCAGCGUCGUCUAGUAAUCCGAAACCUGUAGUCAAAGCUGUGAUACAACCUGUCAGAAAACCCGUGGAGAAUCAUCCAGCACCGAUCCAGGACGAAAGUGAUGCCGGGCGGAUUUCAACCGAAACUGUUGGGGAUCAACAGUUUGCUGACGUUGAAAGCGAAAUUGAUUAUCUUUUGAAUAAUCUGGACCUGCGUAAAAACAGCCCAAUGGUGCGCUGUUCGACUGCCAUUAAAUUAUCCAGAAAAUUAUUGGAUCCCACUUUCCGUGUGCAUUUUUUCACGCUGGCGCAUGGAAGAAUCUUUGAUUUGUUAAAAGAUGCCGCUCGUGACGCUAAUCUACGGCUUUGUGCUGCCGUUAUUGUUUUGGUGAUGAGCACCGACAGCUUAAAGAUGAACAUUGAUCAGAAUGGAAUGGAACUCCUGUCCGAUAUUGUUAAAAGAGAUGACGAGAAGAGUGAGAAAGUCGAUCCGCAAAUUAUGAACGGCGUUGCUGCAGUGGUUGCCACAAGCAAGUUUAAGGAUGAUUUGGAAAGGAAUAAAAUAACAACUACCCGUCUCGUACUGGAAGCCCUCAUGAGGAUGAAAUUAGGCUCUCAGUGGCCGUGGUUUAUGGAUGAAAUACGGCACCAAGGAUUUUUGGACCAUUUGAUUAAGCAUUUACGAAUUUUAUUGCCGGAGCUCGAAGCCAGAAUGACUCUAUCAAAUAUUAAUGCUCUUACUCGUUUAAUGGAUUUUUUCUUUAAGAUUUCUCAUCGAAGUAAGGAGAAUUCCGAAUAUUUGGUAUCGGGAUGCCGGUCUGCCGGGCUUAAAGCUCUCGUACAGCUCGGAAAAUUCUGCAACAAGCAGCUGUUAUCGAAAAAGACCCCCGGUGAUAUUAAAGCAGCUCUGGCGUCGCUGUUGCAGUUAGUAUUUUUGGUCAUGGCCAACGCGAGCUUUCAUGCAGAACUUUGGCGAGAUAAGAUGGGGUCGGAGACGAGUCUUCUUGAAUUAAGCGUCAAUUGCUGCAUUAGUUUGGCUCCCGUGACUACUCGGGAAAAAUACCAGGAGAUUUUACUGCAAGCAGUUCCCUGCUUGGUUAAUCUGACCCAUAAUUGCGAAUCGAACUGCCAGAGGUUUGUCGAUAUUGUCCCGGCGAAUGCUGAAGGAAAAGACAAAAUAACGUCUGUGUCCGGAUUUGUUCGGCUGGCAAAGAACACCCAUGAGGCAGCAGAAAGUUCGGGAGACGAUCUGGAACGGUGUACCGAUCGUUUGAUAAAUAAGAUGGACACAACCGCUGUCUAUACCGAUUUGAUGGAGAAAGCUGGCGAAAAUCUUGAACAGUUUUCCAUUAUGUCCUACAUAGGAAUUCUCCUUUCUCAUUUAAUAACAUACAAUGAAGUCGCGCGCAGUAGUUUACACGAAGAAUUAAAAGCUACCUUUGGGACCGUUUCGACGGGAACUGAAAUCCUCACAGGAGCCAUCCGUAGCGUGGCGGAUAUGCUUGCUAAUGUUGUCAACCACGAUGGAAAUAACCUCCCAGUUCACGAUAUGCAUACGGCAAUUGAUAUCCUAGAAGCUUACGGAUUGAACCAUAAGCCUUCGUAAAUGCGCUUGUAUUACCAAAGUCAGUGAUGUUUUUUUUACAUUUUACCCAAUUGAUUUGUGGUGGUUGGGUUGAGUGAGCCGUAAGUGGUUUUAACGUGCAAAUUUCUUUAAAGUAUCUGUAUGAUGUGCUUUAAGGCAUUUUUUGCGUACAUUUGCCCACUUUUUCUUUGUUGAAUUCCGUCUGCGGCAUUAUAUUACGUGUGUUCAAAUUUAUUUGUUGGGUAUCCUAAUAUCUUUUAUUACGAAA